CGCAUUCAGAGUUCACUUCAACGUUCGCGACGAGUGAGAAGCGCGUCAGUGAGGAAGGCCAGACAGCUUCAUACUGUUUUCCAGGACUGUGGCAGCAAAACGACGCGUCUAAAUACUGCCCGCUCGAAAAGUUUUACAACAGCACCGCGUUUCGAACAUUAUCGACUGCUUUAGACACAAAAAUGGGCAAGCGCAAAUCAUCGAGCAAGCCGCAGGGGACGAAGAGGAAAGAGAAGCUCCCGACGACAUUCCAAUGCCUGUUCUGCAACCACGAGAAAAGCGUCUCCGUCUCCAUUGAGAAGAAGUCGGGCGUCGGCAAUCUGCAGUGCAAGGUCUGUGGACAGACGUUCCAGACAAACAUCAACUAUCUUUCUGCGCCCGUCGAUGUCUAUGCCGACUGGAUAGAUGCCUGCGAUGCCGUCGCGAAAGAGGCUGCGGCUGGCAGGGCUACUGAACCAUCGACCUUCCGCACCGGCGCGCUUCCAAAGCCCUCGAAUGACGACGACGAUGACGACGAUGGGUUCAUCGAGCAGGACGAACUGGAUGCCGAGGGUGAAUAUGCGGACUAGAGCAUGUUUGUAGGGCCAGUGUACAUCAUACGGCUUGGUGAGUUGGAGUUAGGAUUCGCAUCUGAGGCGUUCAGGGUAUACCAAGGAAAAGAGGCCCACGGUUUCACGGCGUUCUCUUUGCAAGCUCGUGUAUAGUAAUGUGGAACAUAGGUCUCUGCUUCGGCAGACAUACCAAAGUGUAGGCAUGCGCGUAACAAUGUCUAUGGGAGAAAAAAAAAUAUAAUCCUUGU